AUGGGUUGCUCACCAUCCAAAGGUAACAAUUUUGGGAUUCUGGGUCCCACGAAGAAGGGGAGAAUGCUGCCCCCUGCACCUCAAGAAAGCCCCAGAGGUUCCCACUUUCAAAAUGGAGAGGAUCGUAAUUCAAACGGAUCAACAGAUGGGGAUACAAAAGAGAGGAAAUCAGCAGGACAAACCCAGGUAUUUCAGAAAGAGCCUCAUAUGACACCGCAAAAAACGAGAUCUGUGACUGAGCUAGCCCCUGAAGCAGUAAACAUGGAUAAAUUGGGGAAUCAGGGAAUGGACAACAACACGAUUUCACAGAGAAAAGAGAAAAGUGUUGAAAAGCAGGAUGUGACAGAAAAAAAGUCUGUCAGAAAACCAAAGAAAAAUACCAGAGGUUUUAAGGUGCUAAAAAAGAAAGACAAAGACAAACCACCUACAGAACAGAAAGUGGACUUUCCAGAACCUUUGGUAAAAGCUCAUCAAGCUGCUUAUGCCUUUUUAAAUCCUAGCAUUAACAAAUAUGACAUUCUACUCGGACUUUUGGAUCAAGCAACCCAAACACAGAUUUCUGUGCAGCCUAUGGUUGCUUUUAUGGCUCUACGCUAUGGGGAAAUAAUUCAGGGGCUGGAAGAGAUGGCAGAUGAGGGAGAAAAAGUUUUAAAAGAAUAUGGGGAGCAUCUUGCUUGGCCAAGCCAAAUGAAAAACCUCUCAUCUUCUCCACCUCUGAAGUCUGGCUCUGCUAAUAUUGAGCCCCCACCGGAUUUGUUGCAGCAGCUGCUUCAGUACACCACACAGAGAAUGCAAAAAGUCAGCCAGACUGUUGGUGGAAUUGGGGACUCAGUUUUGGAGGAAGCAGUGGAGUACUUUGCCUCUGUCUCAGAACUUUUAGAGGAGAAAUUGAAAGUCAAACGUGCAGUAGAGACUAGGCUAAUGCAACUCUUAUCACGCAUUGAAAUGGCCUCUCUGCGCAAGCCUGGGCCGGAGGAUUCUGCUCUCUUCAGUGAGGACAGUGGUAUUGGGGCUGAGAGUGAAUCCCUUGCUGGAUCUGAAAGACGCCAAAGGCGAGAGAGUUGUGAGUCCAGUGGGACAAAUAGAACUACUCCUGUCAGUCCUAUGGGGUAUACCUCCAUGAACAUUAGGCAAGGAGUGUCAAGGCAAAAGCUUGCAAGUAAAAUAAGUCCAAGUGUUUCCCUCACCUCACUUAACUCAUUAGGUUCUACGUGUACUAUAAUGGCUAAUGGCCAUAGAGACUCAGGAUCAGUUUCGUUAGAUGAUGGGGGGGAAGAUGACAAUGACGAAGAGAUGGAGAGAGGCAUGGAAGAUGUGCAAGUAGGGUUUAUUAAGCGAUCAAAUUCUUCACCUGUAGACCGUGAACAACAACGCCCACACCGCCUACCCCCAAAGCGCAUAGAAAAUCCUCAAAAUGUAGAAAUGACCCUCAAAAUGAAAAAUGCUAUAAGUGGUAGGAUACAGUUUGUCCCAACACAGAACUCUAGUGCCAAAACAAAGGUAGCUGGCAGCCCCAAAACUAGUAGACGUCAGUGGAUGGAUGAGGAGGAACAAUCUCCGAGGAGGCCUCAAACAACAGCACCUAUUCGGAGGGCAGUGGUAAAAAAGAACCCAGUGGCUAGGGAGCAACGUUCCAGGUCAGAAGAAUCCCUCCGGAGCAAAGGUGAAGAUCCUACUCUGCUUGAACUAGACAGAACCCAGAAGGAUUUAAACCAGAAGUUGCAGAGGAUGAGUAAAAGCAAGGGAGAUGGCAACAUGAGGACGGCUCCAUCUAAACAAAAUCAAGGAACCUCACCAGCACAAUCUCCAGCUAUAAAUCGCAAACACCCUUCACUACAGAAGAACAGCAAUCCCCAGCCACUUAAAGACAAAGCAGGCCUUAGAAGGCGCAACAAUAAAAAACAGGAGGUAACCAGUGAUGUUGAAGAAGAUAAAACAAAGGACAAGAAAACAUCCAAGGGUCCUAAAAAAUCCACCCCACCCCCAAGUCCUCCUUUAUCACCACGACCAUCUUCGGGCCUUUACAGAGGCAGGAACUCUGUUAAAAAACUGAUUGAUACUUUCAGUCAAGGGAUAGAGGAACUAGAUGGUCCUAAAGCUCUGGGGCCUCUCAAAGGAGUACGGAAGUGUGGUGUUCCUGUGUUGCCUGGUUUGGGAAACGUAGAAGCUGUGCUUAGCACUGGGAUAACCAGCUGUAGAUCUGAAUUCUCUUCAUCUGACAAAACCUAUGACUUUGAUUUGGAGAGUCUUCCUCCGCCACCGCUGGAGGUAUUAAUGGACAAUUCCUUUGAAAGUGCCCAGAGUCUUUCAACUGGUGUAGCAGAUGAAGGGGCUACAAAAGUCAGAAAAUCACCACUUUUAAAAAGGGCUGCAGUAUCGCAACGGCUGAGGGCUUCGGUUCAGUCAGUGACAGUGCUGCCAAGUAAAGGAGGCCUGCCACAAGCAUCCAAUGUUAUUUCCCUUGCUAGAGCAGAUCAAAAAGGCACAACUUCUCAGAAAAAGGUCAGCUCAACAGAUGUUCAACUGGAGGCAGAUCCAGGAGAGGAAAAGGAUGUCUUGUACCAGCAAGCCAGAGAGAUCAUACACCCAAGACACUCUUCAGACCCUUCAACAAUUUAUGAAGCAACAAAUCCAUCUGCCAGUCAAGAAGAAUCAGCAGACAUCCAAGACCACCUUUCAGUGCCUGGAACUAAUACUACAGUGUCUACAGUGCCUCCUUCUUCAGUAGUCAGUAGCCAACCAGCUGCCACCCCACCCAUGUCUAGGGGGAGAAUGUUACCAUCCACACCAUCUACACCAAGCAGUCUACAUCGAGGACUUCCCAGUGCCCACAACUUCAAAAGGCAGCCCACUCCACCCUCUUCAGCGAGCCCACCUGUUAACAGGAAGCUCCCCACACCACCAGCAGCUCAGAGGAGGCUCCCCAGCCCACCUGUUGCAAAGCAGAACAUUUUAAACUCAAAUUCCUCCUACCCUUUCAAAGCACCAUCUCCACCAGCCUCACCAAAAAUAAACAGAUGGUCAAGGGAGAACAGCAGUGAUGACUCAUCUAGUGCUCGGAAGAUCAGUAAUGCACGUUCAGUCUUCUGCCCUGUGUCUCCAUCCCUGUUUGAGGCCCAGCCUUGUCCAGUUCCUCGCCCCCCUCAAGCAUGGACCUCUACCGGUGUCUCUUUUCUCUCACGUGCUUGGGGGAGUCGUGGUAGGUUUCCUGUAUCUGUUCAAGGACCUCGUCCCUUCAUCCGACGUAGCCAUUCAGACCGAAGGCCAAGUCUAAAUCUGCCACCAAGAUCACCAGUCAUUUCAGUGGCUGAGACUUGUGGGAGUGAGCCAGCAAUAUAUUCACAGGGGUUGGAUGAUGGACCAACCAGGGAAGAUGAAUUAUGGCGUAGCCAAUCAGACCUCAGAGCAUCACGCUCUACAUCACACCCGGACCUGUGUGUUGUUGGACAGGCCUUGCAGAGAGACUAAAGGGGCCAACGAAG